GCGGCUCCAGGUGCGCGGGUCCGAGCAGAGCCGGGACGCAGCUGGCUGCAAUGGCGUCCAACAUGGACCGAGAAAUGAUAUUGGCUGAUUUCCAGGCAUGUACUGGUAUUGAAAAUAUUGAUGAAGCUAUAACGUUGCUUGAACAAAAUAACUGGGAUUUAGUGGCAGCUAUAAAUGGUGUUAUACCACAAGAAAAUGGCAUUCUACAAAGUGAGUACGGUGUGGAGACCCUGCAUGGACCAGCCUAUGGCCCCAGCAGUCACUCUGCUGCAGCUUCCUCAGCUCCUUCCUCCUCCUCAGCAUUUCGCCAUGUAGUGCCAUCUAGACAAAUAGUGGAAAGACAACCUCGAAUGCUGGACUUCAGGGUUGAGUACAGAGACAGAAAUGUGGAUGUAGUACUUGAAGACAGCUCUACAGUUGGAGAUAUCAAACAUAUUCUAGAAAAUGAACUUCAGAUUCCUGCAUCUAAAAUGCUGUUAAAAGGGUGGAAGACUGGAGAUGUAGAUGAUAGUACUGUUUUAAAAAGUCUACACUUGCCAAAAAAUAAUAGUCUUUAUGUUCUAACACCUGACCUGCCUCCUCCUUCUUCAAGUCAUUCUGGGGCCCUGCAGGAGUCAUUAAAUCAAAACUUCAUGCUGAUUGUCACCCAUCGAGAAGUCCAGCGGGAGUACAACCUCAACUUCUCAGGAAGCAGUACCAUUCAGGAGGUGAAGAGGAAUGUGUAUGACCUGACCAGUAUCCCUGUCCGUCACCAGCUGUGGGAGGGUUGGCCUUCUUCUGCCACAGAUGACUCGAUGACUUUAGCCGUGUCAGGACUGACUUUUCCUUGCCAUCGACUCACAGUUGGGAGAAGAUCCUCACCUGUGCAAACAAGGGAGCAGUCAGAGGAGCAAUGCACUGAUGUUCAUAUGGUUAGUGAUAGUGAUGGAGAUGACUUUGAAGAUGCUACUGAGUUUGGAGUUGAUGAUGGAGAAAUGUUUGGAGUAGCUUCAUCUGCCUUGAGGAAAUCGCCAAUGAUGCCGGAAAAUGCUGAAAAUGAAGGAGAUGCCUUAUUACAAUUUACAGCAGAGUUUUCUUCAAGAUAUGGUGACUGCCAUCCUGUUUAUUUUAUUGGAUCAUUAGAGGCUGCUUUUCAAGAAGCCUUCUAUGGGAAAGCAAGAGAUAGAAAGCUUCUUGCUAUCUACCUCCACCAUGACGAAAGUGUACUAACCAACGUCUUCUGCUCACAAAUGCUUUGUGCUGAAUCCAUUGUCUCCUACCUGAGUCAGAACUUCAUAACCUGGGCAUGGGACAUGACAAAAGAAGCAAACAGAGCAAGGUUUCUGACAAUGUGCACUAGACAUUUUGGGAGUGUUGUAGCCCAAACCAUUCGAACUCAGAAGACAGACCAGUUUCCACUUUUCCUUAUUAUUAUGGGAAAACGAUCAUCUAAUGAAGUGUUGAAUGUAAUACAAGGUAACACAACAGUGGAUGAGCUAAUGAUGAGGCUGAUGGCUGCAAUGGAGAUCUUCAGUGCCCAGCAGCAGGAAGACAUAAAGGAUGAGGAUGAACGUGAAGCGCGAGAAAACGUGAAGAGAGAGCAGGACGAAGCGUACCGCAUCUCGCUGGAGGCUGACAGAGCCAAGAGGGAAGCACAAGAGAGAGAAAUGGCAGAGCAAUUUCGCUUGGAACAGAUCCGGAAAGAGCAGGAGGAGGAACGUGAGGCCAUCAGGCUGUCUCUGGAGCAGUCCUUGCCCCCCGAGCCCAAGGAGGAGAGCACUGAGUCUGUCAGCAAACUCCGCAUCCGGACGCCCAGCGGAGAAUUCUUUGAGCGGCGUUUCCUGGCCAGCAGCAAGCUGCAGGUUGUCUUUGAUUUUGUAGCUUCCAAGGGAUAUCCUUGGGAGGAGUACAAGCUGCUGGGCACCUUUCCGAGGAGAGAUGUGACCCAGCUGGAUCCAAAUAAAUCAUUACUGGAGGUAAAACUGUAUCCUCAAGAAACCCUUUUCCUAGAGGCAAAAGAAUAGAUCAAACAAGAUUGUAGGACUAAUCAUCCUUUGAUAAGCCAGAGGCACGGCAUCGAGAGGAAGACUUCUCUGAGCACCACCUUGUACUGACAUCCAGCUCAAUUCCAUGUCACAAGUUUGCCUCUUGCAAGAAUCCUGAAAAAUUGAAAAAAAAAAAAAACAAAAAUAGCUACUUAAAGUUUCACAUACAUGAGUAUAUGUUUCCAACCUCAUUUAAAUGAGCAGAGGAUAAAGUUCUGCUAUGAACACUGAACAUUAUGAUUCUGUUGCUCACUUAUCAUCCAGCUUUUGUUAUAAUUAAUGCACUGUUAAAAUGUGAGUGAUUGUUAAGUAGCAUUUUUACUCCUCAAAUGCCCCUUUUUCACCAAGAAAUCUUGGACAUUUCUGCCUGUACUUUUGACACUAGAAUGCUGUAUAUUUGAUAUCUCACUGAGCCAGUGCUCUCAUAUAUAUGCAUUUUAUUUCUGUGUUUGAAUUUCUACUUUGUCAACUAAUUUAAAAAGGCAGAAAAAAAUUAAUGGGACAUUCUCAGCCAUGGAAAUUUAACAGUAUUAUAGUAGAAAGCAUAUAAUUUUUGUUAGUACUUUCUGACUUCUUUGAUAAGAUGUAAGGUUUUGUUUGGAGAAUAUAGUUUGACAUAUAUGCGAGAUAUUUAUUUACUGGUUCUGCUUUGGGUCUCAGUUCCAAUUCAGUUUAGGAAGUAUUUUCCAUUACAUUGCAGUGUGAAACUGCUUAUUGCAUGAUGUGAAUAUUUAAAUAACAUUAGACAUGGCCAGUACCAGAAACCUGGUAUCUUGCCAACACUUCAGGAAUCAGCUGAUAUUGAAUAUCAGCUGUUAAAAACCUUUCAAAUACCAGAUACAAAAGUUCUUUAUUUCUCCUUGUGAAAGAAAGGGCAGUUCCCAUUCUAGCAGUUUUUCUUCAUUCUGGCACUUGCUUGUCUCCUAUUACUCUGCUGGUUUAAAUCACCUUGUUUGGUUCAUCAAACAAUGGGUAUUUUAAGGAGUGGUGUAAUAAGAAAUCUGCCUUAUUGUUGCACACUUUGGACAUAUUAACAAUACAUUAUUAAUCCCAUCUCAAAUUAAAGAAAUCGUAGUUCUCUUGUCUGAAAUGUAUGCACCAGCUACCUGCUAC